AUGAGCAACACGGAGUUGAUUCUCAACAAGUGCGGCUCGCUGGUGGUGUUCUUUUCGGUUCCGUUCAUAUCCUGCUGGCUGCCGCUCAUCAUUCCCGUGCCGCCAUACCUCCUCCAUCUCGGGAUCCUCUACUCUGGAGGGCUCUUCUUCUCGCUUGCAGUCGAGCACAUUCUCGCCGAGUCCGUCGUGGCGUUCGAGGGCCUUAUAACGGAUGUCGAGCACAUCCUCGUGGCGUUCGAGGGCCGUAUAACGGAUGUUGGCCCCUUCCCCUACGUGGUGUUCGUGGCGGGGUACAUGCUGACGUGGCUGUCGGAUCUGCUGACAGCUGGUGGGGAGGGGAUUGGGGAGAUGGGUGGGGUGGAGAUGGGGAGAAGAGGUGGGGGGGAGGAGUGGUUGCCCAUCUCUAGUGGGAAGCCGAAGGGGAGACUGUCGAUAGCAGAGGUGCUGCCUCUCAUGUUUGCCCUCUGCUUCCACUCACUCUUUGAGGGACUCGCUAUAGGCCUCACCGCUACUUUUUCAGACUUCUGGGACACAACACUUACUGUAGUGAUACAUAAGAUCUUUGAGGGCCUUGCGCUCGGCACCACCCUUCGCUCGCAGAAUUCCCGCCGCUCCUGCUGCGCUUUCCUCUCGUACGCCGCCUCCUUCAGCGGCAUGGUGCCCCUUGGGAUUGUCGCCGGUGUCGUUCUCGACUCCUCUGCCAGUGGCACGGUAACCCUAUGGAUGGAUGCUGUCGGCAACGCCCUGGCAGCCGGGGUGUUUGUCUAUGUGGCAACGGUACACCUUAUAUCGAAGGCCAUGCAAGAACAGUCGAGCCUCUCACCACAGUCACGUCCCAGUUCUCAACUCAGCUGCUGUGCUCGAGGUGCUGGCCCUGUAUUGGAAGGUGGGAAGGGGGAUGUGCACAAGAGGCCAAGUUGGUGGCUCCCUUUUGUCAGGUGGGGAGCUACAGUGCUCGGGGUUGCCACAAAUACGCUCCUGCAACUGAAACAUUUCUUCUGA